GCCUUUGCACAAUUUGAUGCUGAAGGAGAUGGCACAGUAGAUGUGGAGAAUAUGCUGGAGGCUCUCAAGAAUUCCAGUGGAGCUAAUCUUCAAGGGGAGCUUAGCCAUGUCAUCAGGCAACUGCAAGCUUGUUCACUAGUUCCAGGUUUUAUUGAUAUAUUUUCUGAAUCGAAAGAGCGUCUUGGUCUUCAUGCCUCAAUGAUACUGAGAUUCUUGCACCGGAAUCGGAUUUCUAGUACUGCCAUCCCUUACCCAGUGUUGGAGUACUUCAACAAUAUCUGUACUAUGCGGUCUUCUGUGCUGAAGGAUUCUUUAGAUCGACUUCUUCUAAAAGAGAGAGAAUACCCCAGUGACUUGAAUAGUAAUCAGGAGCUGGACAAACUGAAGUCUGUCACAAAGUGCUACACUCACAUAGAAACCUCGUCCAAUUCUGCUGAUAUUGAUAAGAUGACAAAUGGAGAAACCACAUCCUUCUGGCAGUCGGAUGGGAGUGCUCGCUCACAUUGGAUACGUUUAAAGAUGAAACCAGAUGUUGUUUUGAGACAUCUGUCCAUUGCGGUGGCAGCCAAUGACCAGAGUUACAUGCCACAGCAAGUUACGGUGGCAGUGGGAAGGAAUGCCAGCAGUCUUCAGGAGGUCCGAGACGUUCACAUUCCCAGCAAUAUCACUGGCUACGUAACACUGUUGGAAAACGCUAACAUUAGUCAGAUGUAUGUACAGAUAAACAUCAAGCGUUGCCUUAGUGAUGGAUGUGACACUAGAAUCCAUGGACUCAGGGCCGUUGGUUAUCAAAGAGUUAAGAAGGUGGGCGUCUCUGUGUGCGAUGCUUCCGCUAUCUGGUACUGGUCUCUGCUGACCUCCCUCGUAACAGCUUCCAUGGAAACAAAUCCCGCAUUCGUUCACACUAUUUUACAAAAUACUCAGAAAGCACUGCAACACAUGCCACCUCUAUCCCUAACACCGGGCUCUACAGAGUUUUCAAGCUUCUUAUCUCCAAAUGUUUUGGAAGAAGUUGAUAGCUUCCUUAUAAGAAUAACAAGUUGUUGUACUACUCCGGAGGUUGAACUUACACUCUUGGCCUUUGCCUUGGCCAGGGGGAGUGUUGCUAAAGUGAUAAGUUCCCUCUGUACAAUCACCGAUCAUCUGGACACUCCGUACAAGGCUUCAUCCCUUAUUGCUUCCAUGGCAACAGUUAGACAGAACCUGCUGUAUAAAUACGGAAAACUAUUACGACUAACUUUGCAAGCAUGUGAUGUAAAGGGAAAAGAAGAUAAAUCAGGGCCUGAAAACCUCCUUGUAGAGCCAUGGACUGGGGAUGGUUUUCUUACUGAAACUGGGAAGACCAGAGCAAGUAUCAUUCUUUCUACUGGAACUGAAUCUUCAUUUCAAGUGACACAAAUUAGAAUAAAGGUCCGAAGAGGCGCCAUUGGGGCCCAGUGCGGGCUGGUGUUUGCUUAUAAUAGUGCUUCGGAAAAGUUCCACGCAGAGGAACACUUCAAAAGAUUUGAAAGCUAUGACAAAUGGAAGCUGCAGGAAUUCAAACAAUUUUUAAAAAACAGAAGCAGUUGUUCCUGUGAUGAUUUGGGGGAUGAUGAUCCUAUUGGCUGGUUUGAAGUGGAAGAAGAAUGGGAUGAAGUUGACGUCAAAAUGCAACAAUGCAGAAUUUCCCAAUACUUGAUGAUAAAGUUCUUGUGCACGAGACAAGACACAGCAGAACGGCUCGGGGUUCAAGGCCUGAAUGUUCUUGGCUACCUUCGGCCUAUGCGAGAUGAGCCCAAUAGGAGCAUGAACUGUUUGCAGUGCAGGAAAACUGAUGAUGAUACUGUUUGUGGCACAACUCUUCUCCUGAAGACACUUCAUUUCAUCCAGCAGCUGGCACAGGACCUGGUUCAACAGAAGGAGAGUGGAUUAAAAUACAAGUCAUUUUUAGAUUUCACAGGCCUUGAUUUGCAGCUGUUCUGGAAUUUUUACAGUAAACUUCACCAAAACCCUAGGGAGGAAUGCAUCUUUGCUCAAACACUGCUAUUGCAGCUUCUCCAGAGCUGCUUCUCUGUACUUACUGGUGACAAUAAAACUGCUAAACCUCAAGAAACUUCUCAGAGCAAAACAUCUGGUCACACAGAAGCUGCGGAAGAGCUUUAUAGACAUCUGUGUGAAGUAGUGGAUAUGCGAGACAGUAACUUCAUGCCAAUGAAAAUGCUAAAAGAGGAAGUUAGGAACACCUUACUCAGCGGAGCAGCAAUCUUUUUCCCAGAUAGACAGACCAGGCGACACCAGCUCUUCACCAUGAUGAAAAACAUCACAGAGCAAGAACAUAAGCAAUCUGUACAUCUUGCCUUCAGAUCCUUGUGUACCCACUUCAGUGAUCAGGAUCCAGGUGGACUCCUGUUAUUACCAGAGAAAGGAGAUUCAGCAAAUUUUGACAUAAGUGAAGUGCUAUCAGUCAUGGAUACCCUUCUGCUAGUGGCGGCAAGAGAGUGUGAAAUGAUGAUGCUGGAUGUUGCACAGCAGGAGAGUGGCACAGUCUUGUCUUCCUUAUUCUGGUCUGUUCAAGGUAGCCUGCUUUCAUGGUGCUACCUGCAACUUAAGGGUAGCGAUAAUUCAGCCAAGGAUCUUGCUGUAGAAAUACUUAAAAACUAUGUGGGCCAGUUCCUGUCAAAUAUCAGAACGAUUUUGCAGUCACUUUUAUCUCAAUAUAGUGGCAAAACAAUAGUAGAAAAAAUAAGUAACUCUGUCUUUGCUAUGGCAACUCGUCAGCUGGUCGUCAUCUUGUUGGAUUUUUGCACUUUAGACAUUCCAUACUGUACUCUGCUACAGGGAUUCAGCACUUUGAUAGAACCAUUGAAAAGCCUUUGUAGUGAGCCUCAUAAGAUGGAAAUGGAAAGCUGGCAGCAAGAGCAGCCUGUAGUAUUGCGAACGUGGACAAUGGAAUCGCCUCAUAAUUAUGAAAAUAAUUGCCAUGAGGUCUCAGUCUUCCUAUGUCAUGGGGCAACUUACUUUGAGGUGGAGUUUGAUGAGAAAUGUGAAACCGAAAGGAGGUAUGAUUACCUGGAGUUUACCGAUGCCAGAGGUGCUAAAACUCGUUACGAUACAAAGGUUGGCACUGAGAAGUGGCCUAAGAAAGUGACCUUUAAGGCUGGCCCACGGCUGCAGUUUCUCUUUCACUCUGACAGCAGUAAUAAUGAGUGGGGCUACAAGUUUUCCGUCACUGCUUAUGGCCUACCAGAUGUUGCCGUUUCUUGGGGCUUGGAUUUACAGCUUCUUGUAUCCCGGUUGAUGGGGCGCUUGGCUUCCCGAAGUAUGGCGCUGAAAUCUCUACGAGAACUAGGUAGUGAUGCAGACUUGCCUCCUUUGAAAGUAACAUCAGUUCUUAAUUCUCCUCUGUGGAAACCUGUCUUCAGGCACCAGAUGUGUCCUGAGACACUCCCGGGAACCAGUCAGAGCCGUAGACUGCACCAAGAUAAAAAAGAGGCUAGGAGCUGUCACCAAGAUGACUGCCGUAACUUUCUUAUUGACUUUGCAAAAUCAGAUCCUGCCCAGGACUUUAGCGGGCAAAAAUCUGAACUUUUCAAAGGAUUUAUACAGGCAUGUAAAAAACAGGCCCCAAAGACAGAUAUAGUUGCUGGUUCAACUGUUGAUCAAGCUGUGAACUCGACAUUUGCUGCUUUGGUGUAUCUGACUCCAGAUUUAUAUGAGAAGCUUCAAAAAUAUGUCAACAGUGGAGGCAAGGUGCCUUUGAGUGAUGAGUUUGCACAAGUAUAUUCCCUGGCUGAUUCAAUUAGAAUAUGGAUGUUGGAAAUGAAGCAGAAAUCCCUGAUGGGUAGAGGAAAUGAUACUGAGGAGAAGCAGAACGCAGAAGCGAGUGAGGUGAACCCAGAAACUCUUGCAAAACUUUGUAUGCAGAAGAGCCUUCUGUUACUGAAUUUUUUGCCUGUAAGAGCAAAGACGAAAGUUUCUGCUUCAGGCAGUUUGGAAGCCCAAGACAUUGAUGAUAUCCAACAGUAUGUCAGUGAUAAAUGCCAAAGAAAAGGUUCUGUUGUGGACACAGACUUCCAGGCAGCACAUUCAUUGCCUUCCAAUGGAGUAACUCAUCCUGUUUCAAAAGAGGGGGGCCAAAUGACACAAUCUGAUACGAAGAUUAAACAAGUUCCAGAUCCCCUCAAAACAGAAGAAGCAUCUGCAUUUCAUAGUAAGCCUGUUGAGAAUACAGCUUCACAGCAAGAAGAUAUAUCAUCACCUCCUUCCACUCCUACACGAAAAUCUCAGUUCAGCCGUGGAAGACUAAGGCUGCUGUCUUUCAGAUCAAUGGAAGAGCCAAGAGCUGUGCCUACUGUGAAGGAGAAAUAUCCUAUAUUGAAAAACAUAUUAGACUUCAUUAAGGAUCAAUCACUUUCACAUGAAAGUGUUUUAAAGGUUCUUGCUUUGAGAAAAUCCCAAGGGCAAAGUAUUAUGGAAGUGCUGAAGACAAUCCGCCAGUGCCUUGACUCGCUUGGGCAACCACACUGUUUUCAUCCACCAUGUGUACUAUUUCUGUUAGAACUUCUAGCCUGUCAGAAAGAUUUUACAAACUAUUUUGGAAACUUGGAAGGUUGUGGUGCUGAGCUACACAAAGAGAUUCGAGAGUCCUACUACCAGCUUGUUUUGUUCCUGGUAAAUUCUGUGAAGGGAUUUAGUACCAUUAAUGACAGAUCAUUGCUUCCUGCCUUAUCAUGUGUGCAGACGACUCUCCUUCACCUUUUGGAUAUGAGUUGGGAACCAAGUGACCUUUCCUUCUUUGUUGAGAUUCAGUUACCCCAUCUUCUUAUGGCUACAUCACAAGAAAACAUAAGUAUUCAUGACAGUGUGAUUUGUCAGUGGAGUGAAGAAGACGAAAUUGCAGACUACAAGCAAAACUGUGAGUGGAUGGAUGAAUGUCAGGAUGUAAUGUUUGAGACCUGGUAUGAAAAGAUAGCUCAAGCUGACCCAGAGAAGCAGAGAAAGAUGCACAUGUUUGUUGCUCGUUACUGUGACCUCUUAAAUGUGGACAUAUCCUGUGAUGGCUGUGAUGAAAUUGCACCGUGGCAUCGCUACCGCUGUCUGCAAUGUAAUGACAUGGAUCUGUGUAAAACUUGUUUUCUUGGUGGAGUUAAACCCGAAGGACACGAGGAUGACCAUGAAAUGGUUAACAUGGAGUAUGCCUGUGAUCACUGUCAAGGAGUUAUCAUAGGUCGGAGAAUGAACUGCAACGUGUGUGAUGACUUUGACCUUUGCUAUGGAUGCUAUGCUGCAAAGAAAUACUCUGACAGUCACUUGCCCACUCACAGCAUCACAGUGUACCCGAUGGUGACUAUUCGAAUCAGUGACCGACAGAGGCUCAUCCAGCCAUAUGUCCACAAUUAUUCCUGGCUGUUGUUUGCAGCUUUGACUCUCUACAGUGCAGAUCUGGCAAAUGGGGAGGAAGUAGAAGGGGAGAAACUAGAUUCACAGGUCCUCAGUCAUGCCAGAGUUCUGCAACAUCAGUGCAUACAGCUCAUCGGAGACUGCUUGAUGAAAGCACAGCACGGAAAAGGUCUGAAAAAUUUAGCUCUCCUCUGCAUGUUACCAGAAGGUGAAUCCUUCUCAGAGAACGACACUGUUUCAGUCAGUCCUCCAACAGAUGGUGCUCCAAAAAGUCAUACUGGUGAUAAAGCAGUGAAGGGAAGAGAUGAGAAACCAAGCACAGGCUCUUUUAUGCAUUGUAAUGGGAAAGGAGAUGCUCGCAAUGAAAUCCAGUCUCCUGCAGAAGAUAAAGGAGGAAAACAAGGAAGUGAAAGCAAAGCUGUCUCUGCAAAGAAAGCUGUUUUGAGACAAGAGUCAGACUUGUCUGUGGAUGAUAAUCUUUCUCCAACAGGAGAUGACUGCCUCUUGGAGGAUUCAGCCCAGAAACAAGCAGAGAAGGUUUUAAUACCUAGCCAGGAGCAAGUUUUUGCUGAAUGCUCUCAGAAGAGGAUUCUAGGAUUGCUGGCAGCUAUGUUACCACCUUUCAAAUCGGGCUCCACAAUGUCUUUGAUUAACCUGGAACAAAUACUUCCACUGAUGUUUCAGGUCGUAAUCUCAAACGCGGGCCACCUAAAUGAAACUUAUCAUUUAACAUUGGGACUUCUGGGCCAGUUAAUCCUGAGACUUAGGCCUGCAGAAGUGGAUGCUGCAGUGGCUAAAGUCCUUUCAGCCAAAAAUAAUCUGUUUGCUGCGGGAGAUGGGUCUACAGUGCCAGAAGGCUGGAAGACAACUCAUCUUCUGUUCAGUCUGGGAGCUGUGUGUUUAGACAGUCGUGUAGGUCUGGACUGGGCAAGCUCCAUGGCAGAUAUUCUUCGAUCUUUGAACUCUUCUGCGCAGUGGCAUAAUGUGAUCGCUGCUUUCACUGACCAUUGCAUUAAGCAACUGCCCUUCCAGCUAAAGCACACCAAUAUCUUCACUUUAUUGGUGCUGGUUGGGUUUCCUGAGGUGCUGUGUAUGGGGACUCGUUCUGUGUACAUGGAUAAUGCUAAUGAGCCUCAUAACGUGAUCAUCCUGAAGCAUUUCACAGAGAAAAACAGGGCAGUUGUAGUAGACAUCAAAACCCGAAAGAGAAAAACAGUGAAAGACUACCAGUUGAUUCAGAAGUGCGGACAAGAAGGCAGUGAUCCCCAGACCCAGCUGAGACAGUACCUCCAGCACUUCGUUCUUAUAUCCACGCACCUCCUGCAAACCAGCAUGGACAGUAGCUAUGCUGAGGCAGUGGAAGCAACUUGGGUCUUGUCACUCGCUCUAAAGGGGCUUUACAGAACACUUAAGAUUCAUGGUUUUAAGGAGAUCCAAGCUGCCUUUCUUCAGUCUGGUUUACUCAAGCUUCUAGUGAAGAAAUGUAGCAAAGGAACUGGCUUCAGUAAGACCUGGCUUCUCAGAGACUUGGAGAUUUUGUCAAUCAUGCUGUAUUCCUCAAAGAAAGAGAUCAGUUCCUUAGCUGAACGUGAGGAUACUGAACUGGAAGAAAGGGAACAAGAUCAAGAUGUGGAGCAACCCAUUGUCGGUCCUGUUGAUUUAGAGCAGAACAAACUUGAUCCUCUGGAGGGUUUGGAUGAAGCCACCAAAAUAUGCUUCUUGAUGACACAUGAUGCACUUAAUGCCCCUCUCCAUAUUCUUCGAGCCAUGUAUGAGUUGCAAAUGAAAAGAACAGAUUCUUUUUUCCUGGAAGUUCAAAAGAGGUUUGAUGGGGAUGUAAUUACAACAGAUGAGAGGAUCCGAACGCUGGCUCAGAAAUGGCAACCCAGCAAGCGUCUGAGGUUGGAGGAGCAGAGUUCAAAAGCAGUAGAUACAGAUAUGAUCAUCUUACCCUGUUUGUCAAAGCCUGCGCUCUGUGAUAAAGCAACAGAAGAAACCAAUCCAGUUGCCCAGAAACUGAUAACCAACACAGAGAGUGAUCUACAGCUUAGUUACGCCAAGCAACGCCGCACGAAGAGUUCAAUACUCUUGCACAAGGAGCUGGACUCCAGAAGUAAAAAGGCUGUGAGGGACUACCUGUAUCGUGUAAAUGAGGCAACUGCUGUUCUUUAUGCCAGGCAUGUGCUGGCAUCAUUGUUAGCCGAGUGGCCAGAUGAUGUGGCAAUAAAUGAGGAAAUCCUUGAUCUUAGUGGCCCAGCCCAUAUGACAUACAUACUGGACAUGCUUAUGCAGCUAGAGGAAAAGCAAUUAUGGGAAAAAAUUCUACAGAAAGUACUGCAUGGGUGCAGUGAGAGCAUGCUAGGAACAAUGGCGUUGACAGCUUGCCAGUUCAUGGAGGAACCUGGAAUGGCAGUCCAAACACGUGAAUCUAAACAUCCUUACAACAACAAUACUAAUUUUGAGGAUAAAGUUCACAUUCCCGGUGCUAUCUACCUCUCAAUCAAAUUUGACUCUCAGUGUAAUACAGAAGAAGGCUGUGAUGAGUUGCUCAUGUCUAGCAGCAGUGAUUUCCAGCAGGAUCGGCACAGCUUCAGUGGAUCUCCGCAGAAAUGGAAUGAUUUUGAGCUUCCAGGAGACACACUCUAUUACCGAUUUACCUCUGACAUGAGUAACACUGAGUGGGGUUAUAAGUUUACAGUGACAGCUGGUCAUCUUGGAAGGUUCCAGACAGGGUUUGAAAUUCUAAAGCAGAUGCUCUCUGAGGAAAGGGUAGUUCCUCACCUCCCACUGGCCAAAAUCUGGGAAUGGCAGGUCGGGGUAGCAUGCCGUCAGACUGGUCACCAGCGUUUGAAGGCAAUCCACUUGCUCUUGAAGAUAGUGCAGUGCAGCGCCCAGAGGGACUGUGACCUCACCUUGUUGAAGCCGCUUUGGCAGCUUUUCACCCAUAUGGAAAACAACUUGUGUCAUGACAUGACCAAGCCUGGUAUUCUCCUUCCUCUUCAUCGUGCACUUGCAGAACUCUUCUUCGUUACAGAAAACAGAGUUACUGAGCUUGGAUCUCUACAGGAGUAUUUGCUUGCCUUAAAUACUGAAGAUCAUCUUCAUCGCUGCACAGCACAGGCCCUGAAAAACAUUGCUGCUAUCAGCCUUGCCAUUAACUAUCCGAACAAAUCAACAAGUUUCUGGAAUGUUUAAUACUGGCUCAGGCCGGAGUGCAUGGGAUAGAGUAGUUUGUCCAUAGGAACCUUGGAACAAACAUCUUAACUCCGUUCAGGAAAAGUUCCUUCAGCUUCAGUAUAUGAGCACUCUGCAGCCUUCCUUCCUUCCACCUUGAUGUAGAAUUUGUAAAAGUAAAAGCGCACUUCAAUGACAAAGCACAUCUUGAAGUAACUCAUGCGUCGCCUACAGUUAUGUAUGCACAUAUUGUAGCAUGUUAGAGUAAACAGAACAAUAUUUUUUUUUUAUUGAGAGGAAGUAAACAAAAGAAGGUAGCUGAAGUAUGAGAAUGAAGGCCCCCGCGUUCGUAUCAUCUGCUCCCAAGGAAACUUGAUUGAUGGAACGUGACAGCUUUGAAAAUAUCGCUGAGCUCGGAGUGAUGCCGUCAGCAGCAUCUAUUCUAUAUCAUUGAAGUGAAAUAGGCAAACCGGAAUCUGGCGGGCUGAUACAGAAAUGGUCCACACUUGAAUCCUGUCAUGUUUACUUUUGCUUUGAAGGCUACUACCCAAGGAAAAGAACUUUAAUUUUUACUAAACUACAGGUUGUAAAACAAAUUCUGAUUCACAUAGCAGUUAAAGGAUUCCAGUUUCAGAGCAUCCUCAUCCAAGA